GUGAAAGCUUCUCUCCUUGUCACUUGUUAUCAUAAUCACUCAGCCUGGCCAUCAUUGUGUUAUGUUAAGUAGCGAGUCUGCUUUCUGUCUGUUGCUCUUUCUUCCUUGCGUUUCAAUUCCAAACAUGGUUAUCCUUCUCAGGCUCUCUAUCCCCGCCUCUCCAACUCCAUGUUUCCAGCAGUCCAGUGUAGGACAGGGAGCAGAAGCAGAGACAGUAUAGUGCUGAUAUUGUCAAAUUGAAAAGGGAAAGUGGGUGUCAAUGGAACGGAAUUAUGAAGCUUCUUUCAUUCCAAAUAUUUUUGGCAGUAAGAGGUGUAUUGGCUGUUAGAGGCUGAGGGGAACAAUAUAUACAUAUAUGACAUUAAUUUUAUAUUUUUAACAUACCUUGGGCUUAUGAACCUCUACUUUUUCCAACAAGGUAUUUGAUGACACUUUUUUUUUUAAUUCAGUUUCCACUGAAUUGAAGACCACGGAGCCAAAAACAUGAAUAGUGACGACCCUACCUCGAUUGACUCUAUAAUUUACAAUCACACACUCUGCAAUGGAUGGACCAACAGCUCCGAAGGUGCCAUCUACCAUCUGGGUAACACCAUUCUUUUUUUGGGCUAUAUGGGUGGUAGUGGAGCAUAUGGGGCUCUGUACAUCUUGAGCUUUUUGACUCCCGCUUUCCUCUGUCUGGCUCUGUGGGGCUGGUUGACACUGUGUGGCCUUGAUGUCUUCCUCUGGAAUUUGCUGCUGAUGCUGCAGUGUUUGGCCCAGGUGUGUCAUCUGAUUUUUCGGCUGAUGCAGGAUGGUUUAGCUAAUGAGGAGCUUUCUGCGCUUUACACAGCGGUCUAUCUACCUCUGGAUGUACCUGUGCAGGUGUUCAAAGAGAUCACAGCUGCCAGCAAGAGCAAAGUGCUCUCUCUAGCGGCUGAGGAGACGUAUGCUGUCGAGGGGAAGACGCCCAUUGACCAGUUGUCUUUUCUUCUUUCUGGCAGGAUUAGAGUGUCCUUAGAAGGUCAGUUUCUCCAUUAUAUCUUCCCUCACCAGUUUCUUGAUUCUCCAGAAUGGGAGUCUCUAAGACCAACAGAGGAAGGGAACUUCCAGGUGACACUAACCGCAGAGACGGACUGCUAUUACAUCUCUUGGCGAAGACGUCGGCUUUAUCUUCUGCUGUCUAAGGAUCGUUACAUUGCCCGACUUUUCUCAGUCAUGCUCAGAAGCGACAUUGCUGACAAACUGUACUCGCUAAAUGACAAGCUGUUUGCCAAGAGUGGUGUGCGUCUUGAUAUCCGUCUGCCCAGUCUCUACCAUGUCCUUGCCCCUUCGCCACAGGGCAGUGAGGGUGGCAGUGCUAGUUCACCGACCAGCAGGAGCCAAGGAGAUGCUACAGUCAUGACGGGUGAUCCAGAACCGUCUAACCAUGGCUCAGAUGCAAGAAACAUCCAUCCGGACCAGGGAAAGACCCCGGUGUCUAAAUCUCCACACCAGCUCUGGCCCUCAGACACAGAGAUGCCCUCUGGUGAGGAUUCAACCAGCUUGGUUCUGGAGGACUUUGUUGAUAUGACAGGCUCUCUAAUGGACUAUGGGAAUGAGAGAGAUUAUUUGAAGUAAAGUUUGGGGUGUUGACGCUAACACACUGGGACACUUCUUAAAUCACAAUGUAAGUACACAAGUAAGGAUUGACAGGGGGGUCGGUAUACACGGGGCUGGUUUGCAUGAAAAGGCACAACUGCACUAACUGGACACUGAACUGCACAAACAAUGACUGAUUAAAGGGGUCAUAUGAAGUUGCUAAAAAGAACAUUAUUUUGUGUAUUUGGUGUAAUGAAAUAUGUUCA